GUACUUCUUCUUCCCAACUUAGCCAUUCAUGGUGACUGACAAGUCAUGAUAAUUUUUUAUAAAACAAAUAGUAAUUCGCAAUGGACGAUUCGUUUUUCGGAUUUGAUACAACUACAAGUAUACCGGAUGAUGAUGGCAGCGACGGGCGAAUCGCUGAGCCCCCGGAAGAAGAGUACGACGCCCUCAAUGACGAGACAUUCGGCUCUGCCAUAAACGGCGACUGGGAGGAAGCCCACGAAACGCUUGUCCUACUUGGCGGUAACGGCGAAAAAGCUCGCAAAGACUUCACAGAUCAUGACUCUAGUGGUAACGGUGCUUUGCUUAAUCGGAGAGAGCAACUGCCGUUGCGUGGUUUUCAGAGCAGCAGCAUCGACGACUUAGACUUGGAAUUAAAUUUAUCAUCAAUAAAAUUAGAUGAUGUAGAUUUAAGUACGUUUGGUGAAAGCGAUGGAAGCAAUCGCAUUAACUUGGACUCUGGCGUUUGGACUACCCAACCUCCCUUCCCCUUGCCCAGCAAUCAAAAUAUUUUUCGAGACAACUUUCGCAGCGCAUUUAAGCCCCAGCCACAGGCUGCCGCAUCCGCAACCGUAAUGGCAAUCACGCAAAUAAAGCCACAGCAGGAGUCGAACGCCAAUUUUGGGAUACCGCCGAUGCCAACAGCGGCGACAGCAAAAAUCACAACACUCGAAGAUAUUGAACGUAAUCUGAUCAUACAACAGGCAGUGCCCAAACAACAGCAGCAACAACAACAACAGCAGCAACUACAUCAGCAACAACCACAGCCUCUACCCCAACAGGAUUUGAAUUUAACCAAUCGGCAGCAUUUGGUGUCAACGCCAACAUUAGCUCAACACCAACAACAGCUACAAAAGCAACAGCCGCAGCACAAGGGUAACUCACAUUUCAGAUUCAUUCACGUCAUGCAAGCACAUAUUGUUUAGAUAAAGACAAAAAAUGCAAUUACAG